AUGGACGACUAUCUCUUCAAUGAGAAUGUCAGGAACUGCCGAUACGUGUCCGAGAACACUAGCUACCUGGAGAUAUUCAAUUUCUCGAAUAUUGCGUACAAUACGUGUGAGGAACAUCCUCUGACCGAUGAUGAUUUCGAGAACUUCCUCAGUCGCCGGGGUGCGUUCGAUCCGCCGAAACUGAAGGAUGGAGUGGAGCUGCUGGACGGCAUCCGGCUUGUUAUUCAGAAUAAUGCCAAACAGAAUGAGACAUUCUCUCCCCAGUUCAUCUCCUUACCACCAGAGUCCUAUAAGUCGAUGGUAAGGAAGAUGCAUCUUCCAUUCCGCGCCAUUGAAGGCAGCAGUCUUGUUGGGCCCUUCUUCUGGUGCGCCGAUGACCAGGACGAAGCCAAUCGUCAUCUGCAAAUCAUCUUCCGGAAGUCUGAUGUCCGUAAGAAGGGCAAGACUAGGGGAUGGGAGAUCAUGCUUUCAUACUCAUUCAAUGAGCGGAUCACGACUGGCUUUGUGAAGGGCACAUCUUCAUCGGAUAUCGAACAAGCAAUUAAGCAUCUGAUUGCCUGCCAUGCCGAAGUCGGACACCCACUUCUUCUUCCCAUGAUCAUUCUUUCCCACGAUCUGUCCGCCAAGGCCGAUGUACGACAACGGGACGCGCGGGACUGGCUCCGCCGACUCGAGAAUGCAAUCACAAUGCGCGAUGAGAUUGAGGCGAAAGAGGUCUACACGGACUUUGACGUCGAUGGCAUCAACCGGGACCUUGUCGAAUGCCAUUCGCAAGUGCUGUGGAAGCGACCGCAAGCGUACCAGGAGAUCAUCAAGGAGAUCAAAGGUGCCAUGGAGAAGUUCAUCAAGGUGAAUGAGCAGAAGAACACAAAGACCUUGAAGGCACUGCACAACAGCAUGGACUCGAGGCUGGACUUCUAUCGAGCCAAGUUGACUGGGAUGGAACACUAUAUCCAUACUACGUUGGAAAGGUUGCACAUCCAACGACAAGCUCUGUACAACAUCAUGGCGCAGAAGGAGUCCAAGCUCAAUCUGGAGAUGGCGGCGCAGCAGAGAAGGCUGGCACAUGCGAGCAAGCGCGACAGCACCGCCAUGAAGACGCUGUCCCUCCUUGGUGCCGUCUUCCUUCCUGGGACAUUCCUGGCUUCUGUCUUCAGCAUGACAUUCUUCGAUUUCAACGUCGGUGAGGACAAUAGCUCUGGCGAUGGCGCAGAAGUAUCCAGGGAAAUAUGGAUCUACUUCGCCGUCACUGUACCUCUGACCCUCGUCAUCGUCCUGUCGUGGUGGUUCUUGGACCACAGGCGCGAGAAGCAAUACGCAGCCGAGGAUCUCGACAUCGAGCAAGGCAUCGCGAGCAUGGAGAAGGACAUGCUAGCAUUUAUGCGCAAGAAGACGAUGAGCAAGGCCACAACUUGGAACUCUGGAGGUGGCAAGAGCCCCGGUGCGCCGAAGAGUAACCCGCUGUUUGCCCAGCUGGAGAAGGAGAGCUGA